CUUGAAAGUAAAAAGUCAGCGAGCAGCUCGGUCAAAAAAAUUUGCGCAGCGAAAAUAUCGCGCUACUCAUUGAGGGGGAGGUUCCGAGGCCCCCCCCCCCCCGGCCUAGAUAGGGUUAAGACAUUACAUGUAGUUAGAGGUCGGUGUUACAUCUUUCCUAGAGGAUUUCCAUUGGCGUCUUUCCAAUCAACAAUCUUCAUAUUUCAUCAUGGUCUCAUACACAAAUUGGUGAAUGUGGGAUAACUAUAGUGAAAGACGCUUCAUGCCUAAAAGUGAAAUACAAGUCCUAACCAUGGGGAACCAUGUCUCGUUCGAAUAAGGAGACCUAAUUACAUUUGAUUCAAAAAUAAUAUCUGUGUAUGCUAAAGUGAAAUGAUUUAUUGCCCUGCAUUUCAAAUUUUGUGCUACAAAAAGUCAAACAGUUGAUCAUAGGAAAAAAAGGAGGAUUUCUAUUCGAGCCUAAAGGAGUGUUAAUAAUCAGUGCUGGUAUGUCUAGAAUAAGGACGGAAACUAAAUGUCAACUUUGAACAUAUUUUUGCUAAUUUCCUUGGAUAUUUUAUUAUCAUGGUAUGAAAAUAUUGAAUUCAAAUAAGAACAGUACAUUGAACCCUAAAAAGAAAUGUUUCUCUUUGCUUAAAUACUCUGUGAAUGGGUCUUGAAAACUGAUAAAUUAUGCUUCAUAAAGAGAAUGGAAUGAUCCUUGCAUACCAUGAUGAAAUACCAAACUGAAACAGAAAUUGUGAAAGAAUUUUAAGGGUUUUACUUUCAAUUCUUACGAAUGGCAGUUGUAUCUGUAUAUUUGUGACUAAUGCUUUUUAGCAUGUGACAACCCUACCUGAUCAUCAGAAGGUUGAUGUAGAUGACGACAUGUGACAGGUGGGGAUUUCCCUUCCCGCCCCUACAUCAUGGCACUUGGAAUUGAAUUUCGAAAGAAAUGUUUCUGUUCCAUAAUUACAUACAGUAUGGAAACAGUUUGUGCUACACAACAUUUUUGUAAUAGAAAUUCUCUGGUCAGAAUUAACAUAGGUGGAUUUAAAGCCAUGGAGUGAUCUAUGCAUCAUUUAUGCUUGUCACGGGUGAGCAGUGAGAAACAGGCCCAAAGUCAUACAGACUUUUGUCCAAGAGCAAUAAAUUCAUGUUUGAUUCUAGGUGGCUAAAUCUGUCUGUUUUGGGGCAUUCUUAAAUAAACCUUUCAUCUUUUUUUUACCUUUUUUUCAUUCUGCCUGUGGAUGGAAGAGGCGUAGUGAAGGAAGGCAUAAUCCAGUGAAACAUCCAACUAAGUCUGAAGCUUUCAGUCUAGCUAUUUGAAGCACUUUGAAUAAAGUUUUUUUUCAAGAAAGUGGUAUUCAUUAAUUUAAGAAUUGAACAGGGAUAACAGCAGUGUGCUUUAACUGUGAUAUUCAAAGAUUGUCAAAAAAGGGUUAGUAAAGUGGAUGAAAUGCAGGGUUCUCCACUGUCAUGGAAAAUCCUGGAAAGAUUGUUGUUAUGGAAAGGUCAUAGAAUUGCAUUUACCUCUUGGCUAUGGUAUCUUUCCAGUUUAUGGUGUCUCACAACUCAUACUCUGUGAUCAUACUCUGCUAUUAUUGGCGAUCAUGAUUUCCAUUUUUUUUUCCUAGUUUUGUGACAUCCCAAAUUCUACAUAACUCCUGGAACGUCAUGGGAAGUCAUGUAACGCAGCAAUUUAGUCAUGAAAAAGACAUGGAAUUCUGUUUUCAAAUUCCUGUUAGAACCCUGAAAUGUUUGCCUAUUUAAGUUGUUUUGAUAAUCCAUUCAUGUCAGGUAUAGUUGUGGGGAUAAUUCAUCUUGUGAUUUAAGAAAGGAAAUGAAGUUCAAUUGGAUAAUAAAAAGUAGAGAUACUCGGCCAUAGGAAAUAAGCAUUGGUGUUUGUUUUAUUAAUGUGUUUGCAUUAUUUUGGACAUUAAUUUAUUAUUAUAUAUAAGCGAGACAGGAAACGGCUCUGGGAAUAUUGGUAACAAUUUGAGUGAGAACCAGAAUGCACCGUAUGAUAAAGUUUAAAAAAAUGUAUUUUGCUAGAGGUGAAUUGGACAGAAAGAGAAACAAAAUAUGAACGGAAUGACCUAGCUUUCGAUUGGCAUAGAUUAGUGUCAGUGGAGGCAUUUAGGGGCUUCAGCACCUACAGGCCCAACCACCAUCCGCCCCCCCCCCCCCUCCGUAAGUCUUGGCCUGCAUUACCUGCGUGUAUAUAUAGAAACCACUGAUCAUUGAUGAGUCGUUUCUAUAUGAGAUACAAAACCAUGAUGGAUAUAAUCAAUCACCCACUUGUAAUUUGAUGCAGCACAGUAAACUGAGCUCACUAGAGACUACAAGGAUAAAUCAAAGCCACGUGCGAAUGAGCUACGGUGACGAGAUCACUCAGAGAAAAAUCGUCAAAUUCUUGAUAAAUACGAUCAUCAUCUAUGAGUUCAUUCUUUCACUUGUGAUGAAACCUUCCAAAACUAUCGCGGGGUACUUUAUGACCAUUGACAAAAUUGAUCACUAUUGUGACGAAAUAACCAAAGGUUGACAAAGUUAUAAAAUAGAGGAAAGAAGAUCUUCAUUAGAAAAGAGGAAUCAUUUUAGAAUGGAAGCUACACGAGAAGAGAGUCUUCGUAAAGUCACUUCCCAAAGAUGCCCACAUGAAUUCAACCAAACUGAGGAUAAUGGCAUAAUGAACUUGGAGAUAUUCCAAGCAUAUACGAUACCGAUGAUACCUCUUGCAGUUUUUGUGGUUAUUGGUAAUUCACUAGUUAUUUCUGCCGUCUACAGGAAACGUGCUCUGCGAACUCCAACCAACCUCAUCCUCACCAGCCUAGCUGUAGCUGAUCUUCUAACUGGCCUGGUAGCAUGUCCCUUGCAGAGUUUUGCUCUCUACAAAGUUUUUACCCCUCAGGCAACGACAUCAGUUAUUUUGACUCUUCCAUAUGUUGUGUUCAGCGGAAUAGCUUUUAUCCAUAUUGUAGGUGUGACGAUCGACCGUCACAUCGCCAUAACGAGACCGCUGCGUUAUGCUACAUUAGUGACGCAUAAGCGCGUCGGUCUUGGGAUAGUGCUUACAUGGGUUCUCUGUGUUGCCGGCUUCGCAGUUCGUACCACUUUUUCGGUCAUAAAGAAUAUCAGCGAAGGCGGAUCGAUCAUCUGUGAAGCUGAUGAAUUCAAAACUCCGAUAGCUCGAAUUCAAGCAUGGUCCAUCCUUGCUUUCAUAUCUGUCUUAACUCCCUUGCUGAUUGUGUUUAACAUCAGAAUCAUGUACAUUGCCAUGAAGAAGUCUACUGUCAUUCGUGGCCAAAGAGAUACAUUUGAACAUCUUGGACAACCGAGUUUACGCAGUGGUCGGCUUAAAGCGGUUAAGACAACGGUAAUUAUCGUCGGUGCUUUUCUCGUUAGUUGGAUACCAGUCUAUGCUUAUUUCUUGGUCCAGCUGGCUGAUGUUGGUGGUAUCAUCUUCCGGGAUGUCCUAGCAGUGGUGAGUCUCCUGUCAGUAGUCCUCAGUUCAGCCGUAAAUCCCUGCAUUUAUUGCUACAGGGAUAGGGAAUUCAGACAAGCAUUUUUGUGCAAAAGGCUUCAAAGAUCAGCCAGUUUUACUAUGCCUGGAUGCAGACAAUUAGCCAACCUUAAGCUGAGUGUGAGACAUAGCCCACAAUCUUCAGGAGUAGAUGUCGAUGUGAAUUACAAUUCUAUUGUUCUGACUUCAUUGGACUUGAUAGAUAAUACAGAAUGCUCAAAAGUUUAAAACAAAAGAAAUUAACCUUACAUUUGCCACCUUGCAAACGGAUUAAGGCGGUAUCGGCUGGCUCAGUUACCGGCUCAAUAAAUUAAUUUUGAACUACAUGAUCUAGGCACAACCUUUUCCCAUGAAUCCCUUUUUUAAUAUGUUCCAAAUGUAUUUUGUAGGAUCUAAAGUUACACAUUUGAUAUUUUAUUUAAGUGACACGAUAAACUUUUCUACAUGUAUAUUUCUUUGUCCUGUGGUGUUUGUAUUUUUACCUUCCGGCCUUUGAACAUUUUUUACGCACUGGGCAGUAUUAUCUUUUUAGCGACUCCCAUACAAGCCUAAGAGGUGCUAUGUGAUCGGUAGCCUGCAUGGAAGAAAGAAGCAAACUAAAUUUUCACUUUGAACUUAAAGGACAAGUCCACCCCAGCAAAAACUUGAUUUGAAUAAAAAGAGAAAAAUU